CGUGGUGUUGAGACUCAAGCGACUGCAAAACUGCAGUUACUACAGCCGCAAACCGCAUUUGACUUACUAUACUGCAUCGCUGCCGUCCAGCGCAGCCAACGUGAGCAACGCAUAUUGCAACCGCAACAUUCCCAUUGCAGCAGCAACAAUGCAUAGAGCAGCAAGCUGGAGCGUCGCACUCGCAGCCGUCGCCGUGGCGCGGCCCGUACCCCUGAAGCUGCAGCUGCGCACGCGACGACCAGAGGCGGGCAGGGCGGGAGCAAGCUUGCGCGCGAUAGGCGUGCGAGGCGGCAGCCGCGACGCGACAGCGAUCGCAAUCCGGGGCGGCAGCUACGACGAGUCGUACGACGACGACUGGAGUGGCGAGGGCUACGCGGGCGGCGACGCCUACGACUACGGCGGCGCGCCGCCCGUCGACGCGCCCAAGCAGAAUUUGGACGUCAAGGGCUUCGUGCCUGAUAGAAAAACAGGUCUCAUCAUGUGUGCCGCCGGCGCGAUGGCGACGAUGCUGGGCAUUUCAUUGUUCUUCGAGAAGAAUUUGAUCCGCGUGGGCAACAUCCUAUUAGUGUUGGGCGCGCCGAUCGUCGUCGGGCCGGCGCGGGCUUCUAGAUAUGUGUUGGCACCGGCAAAACUGAGAGCAACUUUAGUGUUUGCGUUCGGCUUCUUCCUCAUCUUGUCGGGGCGGCCGUUACUGGGAAUUUGUGUGGAGGCGUUCGGGUUCCUGAACCUGUUCGGGAAUCUGUUCCCGAUGCUGGGCGUCAUGCUGCGGUCACUGCCCUUCGUGCCAGGAGGUGGCAACACAGGUGGGAAUUCGGGAGGGGGCGGCGGCCAGGACUUCGGGGGCAUGCCCAUGCCGCCUCCCCAAGAUGAGUACGGGGGGUACUAACAAUCAACUUAGGUA